UUCUGAACAGCCAAAAUGAGUGGUCGCGGGAAGGGAGGGAAAGGACUCGGCAAAGGAGGCGCAAAGCGUCACCGUAAGGUUCUUCGUGAUAACAUCCAGGGCAUCACUAAGCCAGCUAUCCGCCGCCUGGCUCGCCGUGGUGGUGUCAAGCGUAUUUCUGGUCUCAUCUACGAGGAGACCCGUGGCGUCUUGAAGGUCUUUCUGGAGAACGUCAUCCGCGACGCCGUCACCUACACCGAGCACGCCAAGAGAAAGACCGUCACCGCCAUGGAUGUGGUGUACGCUCUCAAGAGACAGGGCCGCACUCUGUACGGCUUUGGUGGUUAAGCUCACAGCACUCAACAACAACAACAACAACGACAACAAAGGUCCUUUUCAGGGCCACCCAUCUCUUCCGUAGA